GGCAGGGAAAUGGCUGCUCCCCAGACCCAGGGGGCUGCUGCCGGAGGGGAGCAGGGCCGUGAUGGCAGCCACAGCGGAGUUGGGGAUGUUGGUUUUGAGGACAGUAAGGAUUAUAUCCUGGAGCCACUUUCCCUGCCAGAAAGUCCAGGUGGCAUCACCACUUUAGAACGUUCUCCAACUGUGCCUUGUAUUUUCUGUGAAGAACAUUUUCCUGUGGCUGAACAAGACAAACUUCUGAAGCACAUGAUUAUUGAGCAUAAGAUUGUCAUAGCUGAUGUCAAGUUGGUUGCUGAUUUCCAAAGGUACGUUUUGUAUUGGAGGAAAAGGUUCACUGAGCAGCCCAUCACAGAUUUUUGUAGUGUGAUAAGAAUCAAUUCCACAGCUCCACCUGAAGAACAAGACAAUUAUUUUUUGUUAUGUGACGUUUUACCAGAAGAUAGACUUCUUAGAGAGGAGCUUCAGAAACAAAGACUGGAACUUGGAAAAUCUUGGGAACAAGUUCAGUUGGAAGAUGAUCGGGAUUUGCUAGACCAUCAAGAAGAUGACUGGUCUGACUGGGAAGAAAUCCCUGCCUCUGCUGUCUGCUUAUUUUGUGAAAAGCAAGCAGAAACAGUUGAGAAAUUAUAUGUCCACAUGGAGGAUGCACAUGAGUUUGAUCUCCUCAAAAUAAAGUCAGAACUUGGAUUAAAUUUCUAUCAGCAAGUGAAACUAGUCAACUUCAUUCGGAGGGAGGUUCACCAGUGUAGAUGUUAUGGCUGCCAUGUGAAGUUUAAAUCCAAAGCGGACUUAAGGACUCACAUGGAGGAAACUAAACAUAUUUCACUGCUUCCUGAAAGACAGACAUGGGAUCAACUUCAGUAUUAUUUUCCAACCUAUGAAAAUGAUACUCUUCUGUGUACACUGUCUGACAGUGAAAGUGACCUGACAGCACAAGAACAAAAUGAAAAUAUUCCCAUCAUCAGUGAAGAUACUUCAAAACUGCAGGCUUUAAAACAGAGCAGCAUUUUGAACCAGUUGCUACUACAAGAGUGUUUGAAAAACUAGAAGAAACUGCUAGAGAAGCAAUUUUUAAUGUUUUCUCCUAUGAAACAGACACAAAAGCAUAGUUGAAAUUUGAACAUCAGCAAAGGACUAAUCCUGGUGAAAUACACUUUUUUAUUUUUUUUAAGUUUUCAGAAAAUAGAAAAAUAAGGACAUUUUGUAUCUUGCCUGUGAAGUUCUGUUGUGUAAUCAUUUUAAAUGGUCUUUUUUCAUUGAAUUCAUAAUUAUCUAUGAUAAGGAGGAUAUGGAAAUCACAAAUAAAUGACAUGUUCAAAUUAUGGAUAAAGCUACUUUCAACCAGUAGUUGUCUUCUCUUCACAAGCCUUCUUCAUCCAGUAAGUCACACAAUUUGACAGAAAUAUCCUUUCUGUACUGUAUUUGCUAAGUUGUACAUGAAGUAACCAAACCACAGAAGAGAGGAAAAAUGAUCAGAGACCUAAUGCACAAAUUGAACACUGUUCCAGAAUAACCAAGAGUUGCCUAUGUCAUCAUUACUCACUUUUGUCUAAAGUUACAAAACUCCCUAGAAGUAGGCAUCGAGCCAGUUAACUUCACCUUCCUCUACAAUGAGUAAAGAACGCUUGACUAAUUUGGAGUUUGGUACUAUCAGAUAAAGUCAUUUUUGUCUGAUUCAGAAAUCUGUUCUGGCCAUGUUCUCUCCAUAUAGAAUGUCUUAUUACCAACAUUAGUUAAACUGAAGGCCUCCACGCCAUUUUGUUUAACCUGUCUUUGUCCCUGAGUCCACCACUACAUUGAUGCAUAAUGCACGUUAGAGAUUCUGUCUGUUAAACUGAAGAGGUUUAAGAGUGACAGGAGGAAGGUGCUCAGUGUGGUUUUAAGCUAAAUGUUGGUGUUUCAUGGACUUCUGUUCCAGUUAUAUGUGUUAGCAUGAGAAAUCUAGAGUUAGUUGAACAGAAAGCAGAAUACUUACCCAGAUACUGGAAGCCAUAUGAUUUACAUUAUAAUAGGAAAAGCUUGCCUGUCUCAAUUACUAAAGCACUCACAUGGAAUCUGGUGUGGAGUAUAAUUUUGCCAUUAGUGUUUAUAUUUGCUUAAAUAUCAGUAUUUCAAGUAGUGCUAAAGAUUAAACCCCCCUCCUCACUAAAUGUUGCAUCAUUUUAAAUUAUUUAAUACCCAAAAAAUGAUCUUUUUAGAAAAUAUUAUGUCACUCUAUGUUCCAGGGAUUAUAUUCUUAUACAGUUUUCACAUUUGUAAUAUUCUCAGUGACACCCCGCCUCGGGGGUGGGGGGCAUCCCAACUGGAAUGUAUAAUGCCUGAAUCCAAAACGGGUCUCCAGAGCCUUGCAAAUGAGAAUAGUCUGCAAGAGCCUGUACAAAACAGCCUCACAGAUCUAUGAAAACUCCACAGAAUGCAAGCUGCUGAAUUUGCUUUUGAACUUUUCAAGCCUACUUUGAUCUGGUAUGGCAAGAAAGAUCGAGGCAGGAUUGCCUUUUAGUCACUGGUGAGUGGAAGAAAACAUAUGGUACUUUUUAUUAUGGAAAUAUAUAACAUUCACAAAAGUAGACUAGAAUAAUGAACCCCCGUGUUCUCGUCACCAAUUUCAAACAUUUUCAAUAUUCUGCCAUUUUUAUUCUAUCAACCUCCCCGCCCACACACACACGCUUUUAUUUUUCAUGGAAUAUUCUAAAGCAAAUCCCAGACAUUGUAUAAUUUUAUCUUUAAAUACUUAAGUAUAUAUCUCUAACAGAUAACUACCAUUUUUUAAAACAUAAACACAAUACCUAACAAAAUUAACAAUAACUUCUUAAUAUCAUCUGUUUUCAGUAUUCCCCAGUUAUGUCAAAAAGGUCUUAUUACAAUAUUAUCAGUUGUGGGACAAAUGUCAUGUACCUCCUGAUAAGAUGCACUGUGGAGGACAAAACAUCAUGUUUGCAGAUUCCUACCAAAAAUGUAUAACCUGAAUAUAAGCAUGAAGAAACAUCAGUCAAACUCAAAUUGAGGGACUGUCUCCAAAAUAAUUCAUUUAAAAAUGUCAAGGUCAUGAAAAAUAAAGACUGAAAAACUGUUCUGGAUUAAAGAAGACUAAAGAUAUAUGACAACUAAAUGGAACAUGUGAUCUUGGAGGCGCAAAAAUAUUUUUCUUUUGCUAUAAAAAGCUUUAGUGGGAGAGUUGGCAAAAUUUGAAUAACGUCUAUAAUAAAUUUUACAAUGUUGAUGUUAAUUUCCUGAUUUUGAUGAUUGUCCUGUGGUUAUAUAUGAGAAUGACCUUGUUUUUUAGAAAGUACAUACUUCGGUAUUUAAGAGUAAAGGGGCAUUUUGUUUGCAGUUCUCAAAACAGUUCGGAAAAAGACUAAUAUGGAUAUAUGUAGAAAAUGGUAAAGUAAAUGUGAUAAGCUUUUAACAUUUGCAGAAUCUAGGUGUAGGGUAUAUGGGAAUUCUUUGUACUAUUACAACUUUUCUGUAAGUCUGAAAUUAUUUCAAAAUAAAAAGUUUUUUAAAAUGUCUUUUACAGUUGGUUUGUUUAAAUCAGCAUCCAGGUGAGAUCCACACAUUGCAU